AUGGAUAUAAAAAAGAAAACCAGUGGUGCCUUUAAGCGAAAACAGAGACAACAAAGAGAAGAAAUGAAACAAAAGUUGCCGAAAAUGGAUAAAUUUUUAACUAAAACUAAAUGUGAUAUAAGUACUGAUCGCAGAUGCAGCGAUGACAGAAGUCUCAGCACGAAAUUCACCCCCGAAAACGUGACGGUCAGACCGGGGUCUGCGGAAGGAUUCCUGGACAUUUCGGGAGGUGGAUACUUGCACGUGGAAGGCGAACGUUUCGACGGCGGCCCGUUCGACCGGGUGAGCACCGUGAACGCGGACGACAAUCUACUGCGACUAGAGUCGUUCUAUACGUUCAAGUCCGUCCGGCGACUGAGCCUGCGACGCAACCGUUUGACAUCRGUCAGACCUAUUGACGGUGAUUUGGCAGAAACAUUAAUACGUCUAGACGUUUCAGAAAACCAACUGAAUCCAGAUGAUAUAUACCGCUUAUCUACGUCAAAACUAGAACAGCUUUAUAUGUUGGCCAAUAAUCUGACGGAUAUCCCCGAGAGCAUUACAAAUUGCCAUUGCUUCUUGUUGCUUAAACUUCUAGACUUGAGUGACAAUUAUCUGUCAUGUCCCAGGACGUUCAAUAUGCUGUCGACUCUGCACAAUUUGCAAGUAUUGAUCUUGAGCAAUAAUCGAAUAUCCUGUAUACCCUAUUUGAUAAUAAAUCAGUCUAUGAACGCCGGUCAUAAGUUCCUAGGACCUGUAAAAUAUAACUUAGGAAACUUUAUUUGUAUUGAUCCAACAACCCAGUUAUCAAGACUGGUUCACGUAGUAGGAAUAGUUAACCAAUUAUUUCUUAAAUGGAUAGGAUUUGGUAUAAAUAUCGACAGCCACUUAGUUYAAAUUAACAAGUUAAGUGUGUUGAAAUUUGGCGGAGGCGUCAGAACUAUUUGGUUGGCCAAAAAUUGUCCAUAA